UUGACCCCUUUCUGCCCCACAUUGACCCCCCUCUGCCCCACAGCAUGGAGAUCCUGGCCGCCAUGUUCCAGCUGGACCUGCCCACCGUGCACAGCAUCAUUAGCAAGAUGAUCAUUAACGAGGAGCUCAUGGCCUCAUUGGACCAGCCCACGCAGACAGUGAUGAUGCACCGGACGGAACCGACGGCCCAACAGAACCUGGCGCUGCAACUGGCAGAGAAACUGGGGGCGUUGGUGGAGAACAACGAGAGGGUGCUGGACCACAAGCAGGGAUCCUUCGGGGGGUACUUCCGAGGUCAGACCCACUGCUGCCCCAUAGAGACCCAUAGAGACCCAUAG